UAAAAGUUGGACUCCCAAGCUUUUCAGUUUUCCUGAUCGGACGACCAACUUCACUGUCUUCCACCUCACUUCAAGCCGCUCGGACUUCAUCUAUCGAGAAUUAUACACCGUAUAAACUAACUUUGACCAUUUCAUCCGACUUUGUCUGGUCACAUGCAAUAUUUCGUUGUAUCUGGAAGAACUUUUAGGGGAUGAUCUCUGAGUUAAUUGGGGCUCAUUGAAGUACUCCGAGUUUCAGAAGCUCUCAUGACAGAACAUAUUUUGCCCUAAUCUGAACUAUAUCCGGCUAAUCCGAUUCAAACACAAUGAACGUGUGAGAGGGUGUGACAUAAAGUACAAUUAUGAUGACCACUUGUGAGUUGUGACAAGAUCACAAGCGCCUUGAUCCAGUUUGGUUUUGUUGAGAGGUAUUGCUGGUUUUUACCAGUUUGUUGAGAGGUAUUGCUGGUUUCUACCAGUGCACCUAUAGGAUCAACAACAUGGCAUAUGAAAUGGACGAGCAAAAAAAGGUUGGAUUAGGUCUUAUUGGGUUUGGCAUCCUAUUCUCAUUUCUUGCCGUCAUUCUCUUUUUCGACAGGGGUUUACUUGCUCUGGGUAAUAUACUAUGGUUAGCUGGUGUCUCCCUUUUAUUGGGCUGGCGGUCCACUCUGCAGAUUUUCACUAAUAGGUUGAAUUACAAGGGCUCAGCUUCCUUUCUUCUUGGAAUCUUCCUUAUAUUUGUUCGUUGGCCAAUCUUGGGCAUAAUUAUGGAAGUGUACGGCUGCAUUGUACUAUUCGGCGGUUUUUGGCCAUCUGUCAAGGUUUUUCUUUAUCAAAUUCCUGUCAUUGGAUGGAUCUUAAGAUACCCUAAUCUGCUUUUGGGUCGUUUUCGAGGUAGCUCCUCUUAAUUUUGGUGACUCUGGAUUCUCCUUAUAUUUUGCUUAUCUGCAUCUUGCUAUCUUGGCUUGUGAAUGUGAACGCGCUUAACCCAGAAACCUCCAGGUUAAUUAUACUGCAUGGUUUGUAUAUGCUUCAUCACUUUGCAGCCAUGAACUUAUACUAGUUUGUGAACUUUUCCUGUGCUGACCACCUAGUUGAUUGAUAUCUUUUUAUUUUAUUUUUAUUAAAACUCCAACUGUUAAAGCUCUCGGCAACGAUUCGAGCAUUUCACUCAUCACGAGCCUUGUGUUUAUACCUUACAUUAUAGACAUGAUAACGAUGGUGUAUUUAAACUCUGAAACAGUUAUACCGUUGAAUCGGGUUUAGCCCUACUUGCUCAAGGAUGAUCUUCUCCAUGGUUUCGGUAUUUGUUAUGCCAUAUUCGAUAAGACAUACAGCUUCUGCCCACAAAUGAACUUAAUCGUUUGACUUUCAUUAUUCCAUAUUUCAUUAUAAUUUGC